AUUAUCAAUCUAUUCAGACGCUAUGCUCGGCCCCGAAACUAGAUGCAAAGCUCUUGGAGUGGUGUUCUGCAACAAUUCGAUUCUGUUCGAAGAUGGGCUACUCCGCAAGGCGUGCGAGCACGAGAUGUGAUGGCAAAUUUGUCAGUUCAUCAGAAACUAUGAACGUGUCAACUUAAACAUACUCGAGAUAUUUAAGAUGUCUUCUUCGGCCUGGUUCUGGUGUUUGAGUUAGUCCUCAUCACAUCUCAACUUCAUCAAUAGCUUUCAUCCCAGCAACAACUAACUCAACUACAACACUCCACCUCUCCUCAGAUAACACAACCUACAAGAUGUCUUCCGGACUCACUUACCUCAUCACCGGCGCCAACCGCGGAAUCGGAAAGGGCUUCACCACCCUCCUCCUUCAGCGCCCCUCAACAACAAUCAUCGUCGGCGUCCGCGACCCAGCCGCCGCAGCAUCCAAGGCCCUCUACGACCUCCCCAAGGCCGAAGGCUCCAAGAUCAUCGUCGUCAAGAUUGACUCCUCAGUCGAAUCCGACCCCGCCGCCGCCGUGGCAACAAUCCAAAAGGAGCACGGCAUCACCGCCCUCGACAUCGUCAUCGCCAACGCCGGCAUCUCCCACACCUCGGCCGACAUCGCCGCCACCUCCACCAAGGUCGCCCUGGACCACUUCGCCGUCAACUCGGUCGCGCCCCUCGUCCUGUUCGGCGCCACGAAGCCCCUCCUCAAGGAGAGCAAGUCCAAGAACCCCAUUUUUAUCGCAAUCUCCUCCGCGAUUGGCAGCAAGGGCCUCGCCGAGACGAUUUUCCAGAUCCCCAGCCCCGCGAGCCCGUACGGCGCGUCAAAGGCUGCGCUCAACUGGUUCGUGCGCAGGCUGCACUUUGAGGAGCCGUGGUUGACUGCCUUUGUCUUCCACCCUGGUCUGGUCGAGACGGAUAUGGCUGCUGGGUUGGCGGCCAAGGCCGGCGCUGACCUCAGUGCUUUUGGUGCCAUUCCUGUGAAGAAGAGCGUCGAUGAUAUGGUUGCUACAAUUGACAAGGCCACCAGGGAGAUUAGUGGCUCAUUCAAGAACCACGAUGGCACUGAUCUGCCCUGGUAAAUGUAGCCGCGUUGCGAAAAGUCUCAGGCUUUUCAGAGGAAGACUCUGAUUACAUGAAGCGCAUUAGAUACGAACGUUGAUAGAAUUGUCUCUAGCUUGUCAGUUUUAUAGAUUAUUGAAACCUGUUUGAUUCACGC